AUGCCAGACAUCGACCCCGCGGCUUUGAGCCGUCCAUCCGUCAGCCUCUCGACGCCGAUUUUAUCCAACAAGACACUUGCUGGGUCUAUCUCUGGUGCGCCAAAGAUAGCAAAGUCAAGCCAGAUCAUACCCGCCCGAAUUGACCUCGAACCGCUAUAUACUGCGCUCAAGGCUGCCAUUGGCAACGAGAAAUGGGCAAUAUAUAAAGAAUCAACGACCGAGUUCCUGAUAGGACGCUUAAAUCAGACCGAAUAUUCUGAACGAAUAGACCCUAUCCUCGCAGGCCCAGGGGACAAGGAACACCUACACAAUAAUCUCAUUGCCGCCAUAUAUGGAAAUGUUACUCGAGAGAUGCCCGAUCAAGGGCUGGCCCCCUGGGUCAGCGCCAACGAUAAGCCUGCGGCGACGACAGGGACAAAGCCAGUAUCCGGAGAUGCUACGGAACGGAGGUUGAAGGGAGAUGUCAUGCAACUGCCAACCCGAGACCGCAGGCGCAUCAAAGAUCUGGUACAGAACGAUGUCAGUGCCUCCAUGCCGCUUUCUAUCCAACUGCUGACCAGUAACAAGUGGGAUCCUCACGAGAGCAUAUCCAACAUCUUUGCCGACACACGUCGCAAACUUUCCACAGUAACAGAUGCCACCCCAACGGUAGCAGGCAUCAACAACAUGAGUAUGUAUUCUAUCGAAACGUUUCAACUUUGGAAAAGCUUUAACAAAGUGCAAGAUUUCGAUUUAGAAAUUCGAAAACGUCAUGCUCAACCUUUGGCGGUUGAAUCAGGCGAGUUUCCUGACAUCAAUAUGAUCUCCGGCCGAAUGCUACCCUCUUGCUACGAGGCAGGACUGGUCAAUGGGCACACAGCGGAUGCUCCUCAAUUUCUGUCGGUAGCUGUGGAAACUUUCAUCAAGGAGGUCCUUACACAGGUCUUCAGCCGCACGCGGAGUAAUGGACCUGGUGAAUCAGGUAGUGCUGGGUUUGGCGUUGGGACGACAUGGAUUCAAACGCACAAGUACAGGCGACAGCUGGAAUACGAAGAAGAAGCUGCGAUACGAGGCGAAAUCUCCAGAGACAAGAGCGGGCUUUUGCCAAUCGAAUCCAGGGCUGCGAGCGAAAGAGGCCCCUUGGGGAUGUCCGAUCUUCGCUUGUCCUUGGAGAUGGCGGAUACAGGCAUGGCCCAGUUUCCUGUGUUAAUGACACAGGUUAUAUAUGGAUAUCGGGAAGGGGAGCUGGAGAAUUGGGAUGACUAUACCUGGGUGUGUGAUCAGCCACCUGAAGCCUACGCAGACGAGAAACACGAUUCAGAGGCAAAUGGAGGACAAGUCUUUGAGCUUGCGAAUGGUUACGCUGAUGCCAUGGAUGUAGACACGGAAGCAUGGUGGGAAGGUGCGGAAAGCCAGGAUGCUGAUAUGCUGGAUGGCAUAUUGGACUCAUGCCUUGCGGCAGGGUCCUGA